AGGUGUUGUGCAUGUUUUCAGUCACAGUGGACCGACUCCUGCAGACUACCUGUCGUACACUCCAACUCUGAGCAUAAUGGCUUGGGAUUAUUUCAGAUCGCCCAGCUACUUAAGAAAAGUAAAUGGCACUGUGGCUCUCAACAAUGCAGCUGACAUCUCUGUUAUUGUUAUUUACUUUUUGGUUGUCCUGGCUACGGGUGUUGUGGCUAUGGUCCGCACCAAUCGAUCCACUGUGGGUGGCUUCUUCCUUGCAGGGAGGAGUAUGGUGUGGUGGCCGAUUGGAGCUUCCCUCUUUGCAAGCAACAUAGGCAGCGGCCACUUUGUAGGGAUUGCUGGUACUGCUGCAGCUGCUGGAAUAGCCAUUGGUGGAUUUGAAUGGAAUGCUCUUAUUGUUGUCGUCAUUCUAGGAUGGCUCUUCGUACCAAUCUACAUCAAAGCUGGGGUUGUCACCAUGCCCGAGUACCUGAGGAAGAGGUUUGGAGGACAGCGAAUUCGCAUCUACCUCUCUGUGCUCUCCCUCUUUUUAUAUGUCUUUACAAAGAUCUCUGCCGACAUGUUCUCUGGUGCCAUUUUUAUCCGGGAAGCUCUUGGUCUGAAUAUCUAUGUCGCAGUCAUCGCGCUACUGGCAAUUACAGCUCUAUACACCGUAACAGGUGGACUGGCUGCAGUGAUAUACACAGACACCUUGCAGACCUUCAUUAUGGUGAUUGGAUCCUUCAUUCUCAUGGGAUUUGCUUUCAAUAAAGUCGGAGGCUAUGAAAGUUUCCAGAAUAGCUACAUGGAGUCAAUUCCCUCAGUCACCAAUAACAUCAGUACAGAGUGCUACCUACCUCGGCAAGACUCCUUCCACAUUUUCAGGAAUGCAAUAACCGGAGACUUGCCAUGGCCUGGCUUGGUGUUUGGACUAACAAUUCAGGCCACCUGGUACUGGUGCACAGAUCAAGUGAUUGUUCAGCGUUGCCUCUCAGCUAAGAAUCUCUCUCAUGUCAAAGGAGGUUGCAUUUUGUGUGGCUACCUGAAGCUGUUGCCCAUGUUUCUCAUGGUUUUUCCCGGAAUGAUAAGCAGGAUCUUAUACACUGAUGUGGUGGCAUGUGUGGUACCAGAAAUAUGUGAACGAGAAUGUGAAGCUAAAGUGGGAUGCAGCAACAUUGCCUAUCCCAAACUGGUGGUGGAGCUUAUGCCAAAUGGUCUGAGGGGUUUGAUGCUAUCGGUGAUGUUAGCCUCUCUAAUGAGCUCCCUCACCUCAAUAUUUAACAGUGCUAGUACUCUAUUCACCAUGGACAUCUACACUAAGAUCCGCCCCCGUGCCAAAGAAAAGGAACUGAUGAUUGCUGGCAGGGUGUUUAUCCUGAUCCUAAUUGGUAUAAGCAUCGCCUGGAUUCCUGUUGUACAGGCAGCCCAGAGUGGUCAGCUCUUUGACUACAUCCAGUCAAUCACCAGCUAUCUCACUCCACCUGUGGCAGCCGUCUUCAUGCUUGCCAUAUUUUACAAAAGAGUUAAUGAACCAGGUGCCUUUUUUGGACUCACGAUCGGACUCGUAAUAGGACUAUCGAGGAUGAUUGCAGAGUUUGCCUUCGGGACAGGGAGCUGUGUUACGCCAAGCAAUUGUCCCUAUAUCAUCUGUGGAAUACACUACCUCUACUUCGGGAUGAUCCUGUUUCUUAUUUCCUGCAUCCUCAUAGUCGGAAUCUCCCUAGUCACUAAGCCUAUUGAUGACAAGCAUCUGUAUAGAUUGUGCUGGAGUCUGAGGAACCGUACAGAAGAAAGAGAGGAUAUUGACAAAGACGAGGAUUGGGCCGAUGAUCAGGACAGUGAUUCAGAUAGUGAAGGAUCAGAGAAGAAACCUGGCUUCUGCAAGAAAGCACUCAUGUGCUUCUGUGGCCUGGAGGACAAAAAAGCACCAAAACUGACUCCAGAAGAGGAAGCAGAGCUGAAGAGACAGCUCACAGAUACAUCAGAGAAACCUCUCUGGAAGAACAUUGUCAAUGCAAACGCCAUCAUUCUCCUCUGUGUGGCCGUUUUCUUUCACGGAUACUUCGGUUAG